GCAAGUAGGCAACUUAGAUAAGGAUGUCCAAGUCGAUGGGGUUGAACGUGGCCGGCGGCCUGUCGUCGCUGCUGAAGGACGGCCACAAGCACUUCGAGGGCGUGGAUGAGGCCGUGGCCAAGAACAUCGACGCCGUGAAGCAGCUGGCGGCCAUCACGCGCUCGUCGCUGGGCCCGAACGGCAUGAACAAGCUCGUGAUCAACCACCUGGAGCGCAUCUUCGUGACGAGCGACACGGCCACGAUCGUCAAGGAGCUGGAGGUCAUCCACCCGGCCGCGCGCAUGGUCGUCAUGGCCGCCAAGAUGCAGGAGAACGACUUCGGCGACGGCACGUGCCUCGUGGUGGCGCUGGCCGGCGAGCUGCUCAUGGAGGCCGCCAGCCUGCUGCGCAUGGGGCUGCACGCCAGCGAGAUCGUCACGGGCUACCAGAAGGCGCACGACAAGUGCCAGGAGAUCCUGCAGAAGCUGCAGAGCGUGCAGGUCAAGAACCCGCGCGACCAGGAGGACCUGCAGAAGGCCAUCAAGACGUCGCUGGCCUCCAAGCAGUACGGCUACGAGGACCUGCUGGCCAAGCUGGUCGCCGAGGCCUGCCUGAACGUGAUGCCCGCGGCCCCCAAGAAGCCCUCGAUCAACGUGGACAACAUCCGCGUGGCCAAGAUCAUGGGCGGCAACCUGCACGACUCGUCGGUGAUCCGUGGUAUGGUCAUCCAGCGCAACACCGAGGGCAACGUCAAGAAGGCGCUCAAGGCCAAGGUCGCCGUGUUCGGCUGCGGUAUUGAGAUUUCCUCCACCGAGGCCAAGAGCACGGUGCUCAUCAAGGACGCCGACGAGCUCAUGAACUACAACAAGGGCGAGGAGAAGCACCUGGAGGAGGCCGUCCGCGCUAUCAGCGAGUCUGGAGCUAUGGUGGUCGUCUCGGGCGGUAGCAUCAGCGAGAUGGCGAUGCACUUUCUAGAGAAGUACAACCUCAUGGCUCUGAAAAUCCAGUCCAAGUGGGAGCUCCGUCGUCUGUGCCGCGCUGUGAACGCCAACGCUCUGGUGCGUCUGGGCGCUCCCACGCCUGACGAGAUGGGUUUCUGUGACAGUGUGACGGUGAAGGAGAUCGGUGGCAAGAAGGUCACUGUCUUCCAGCAGGAGCAGGAGGAUGCCAAGAUCUCGACGAUUGUGCUGCGUGCCAGCACGGACAACGUGCUGAACGACAUCGAGCGUGCUAUCGAUGACGGUGUGAACUGCGUGAAGUCUGUGUGCCGGGACGGCCGGUUCGUGUCGGGUGCCGGCUCCACGGAAAUCGAGCUGUCGCGUCAGAUCAAGAGCUUCGGCGAGGCCACGCCUGGUCUCGACCAGUACGCUAUUAAGAAGUUCGGUGAUGCUAUUGAGGUUGUGCCGCGGAUUCUGGCCGAGAACUCUGGCCAGAUGGCCACUGAGGUCAUCUCUAGUCUGUACGCUGCCCACGCGGCGGGCAACGUUAGCGCUGGUGUGGAUGUGGACAACGAGCAGGAGUCGCACGUUAUUCCGGACGCGCUGGACAAGGGCAUCUGGGACCACCUUCAGACUAAGAUGUCAGCUAUUCGUCUUGGUUCCGACGCCGCUAUCACGGUGCUGCGCGUCGACCAGAUCAUCAUGGCAAAGGCGGCUGGCGGACCUAAGCCGCGAGGCAUGUAA